AUGGCCCCGACCCUGUGUUUCAACUGCAAGGAGGCCCGGGCGCUCAUAAUCCGGCCUAAGAAUCGCCAUAAGCUGUGCCGCGCAUGCUUCCUCGAGGUCUUCGAAACCGAAGUCCACGAAACCAUUACAACCUUCAAGCUCUUCUACCCCGGCGAGCGCGUGGCGAUCGGCGCCAGCGGCGGCAAAGACAGCACCGUUCUCGCAGCCGUCCUCAAAACACUGAAUGAGCGAUAUAGAUACGGACUGGAUCUGUGCCUGCUCUCGAUCGACGAGGGUAUUCGCGGAUACCGCGAUGACAGUUUGGAGACAGUGAAGCGUAAUGCGAAGCAAUACGACAUGCCGCUUAUGAUUGUGGGAUAUGGUGAGCUUUACGGCUGGACGAUGGAUCAGGUCGUGGAACAGAUUGGCAAGAAGGGAAACUGUACCUACUGCGGUGUGUUCCGACGACAGGCGCUCGAUCGAGGUGCGGCGCGCUUGGAGAUCAAGCACGUUGUCACGGGGCAUAAUGCGGAUGAUGUCGCUGAGACGGUGAUGAUGAAUUUGCUGCGCGGUGACUUGCCUCGACUUUCGCGUGGAACAAGUAUUGUGACUGCGUCCGGCGCGUCGGAAAUCAAGCGCAGUAAGCCGCUUAAGUACGCCUACGAGAAAGAAAUUGUGCUCUACGCCCACCAUCGUCAGCUCGAUUACUUCAGCACGGAGUGUAUCUACUCGCCUGAGGCAUUCCGUGGCAGUGCUCGUACCCUGAUUAAAGAUCUAGAGAAGAUUCGUCCCAGUUCGAUUCUGGAUAUCGUCAAGAGUGGCGAGGAUAUGGCUGUCCUUGUGCCUGGAGAAACAAACCCAAAUGGCAAAACGUGCCGCUCAAAGGCGGCGGCAGAGGAUGAGGCGGAGGCGGGUGGCUGUGGAAGUCAAAAUGGCCGAUCCAGUGGAGGUGAAAUGGCCGCCAUGGAAACCCAGCUAGCUGAGAAUGAAGCUGCGGGAUCGCGAGAGACGGAAAUUCGACUACCCCAGCAGCCCAAGCCUGGCAGUUCGAAGACUCAGAAGCCUAUCAAAAGACAGGUCAUGGGUCAUUGUGAACGCUGUGGCUACAUUUCGAGUCAGCGUGUUUGCAAGGCUUGCACUCUUCUGGACGGUCUCAAUCGCAAUCGGCCCAAGACCGCUAUCGAAGUCAGUGCUAGCAUGGACGAUGAAGAGAUCAGCUCGACUUUGGCGAGACAGAUGGAGCAUACCCAGUUGACGAACAGCUGA